AUGAGGUCGCCCCGGAUCCCGCCCCUGUUCCGUCAUAUCCUCUCCCCCCCCCUUCAAGGCCAUUCGGUCUCAGCUCAGUCGACGGGGAGAAGCGCUGCGGCCAAGGCGGCGGUGGGGCCCAGUUUCAAUCCGGCCCAUACAAAUCGGUUCCCCCGACACGGAUUUUCGGUACGGCGAGCGCAGUCUGGCAGGAUCCAUGGGGAGAUGCCUCCGGGGAGUAGUUGUAGGCGGGAAGACACGGCGUCUCCAGUGGGAACGUGUCGUGCCUCCUGCCUGCAACGUGAGCCGCGUAGCGGCGGUUGGGUCUGCCGGCAUCGGUGGGCACCCGGGAAGCUUCCUCCGCAGCUACGGCUGGUCGCGAGGCGAUGGGCAUCCCGGCCCCUCGAGACCGCUAACCGCGCCGCCUCGUCGCGACCCGCGAACCCUUUUCCAUGCCCGGACGAGCUCCCCCGGUGUGGUCUAGGGCGCCAUCGGCACCACCGGUGGCCCCUUCGACCGCCGGUCAGCUCGAGCAUUCGCGGCGCAUCAGCCCCCUCGCCCUCCUCCACCGGCGGGACGGGGCAUGCGUCGCGGGCGUUUGAAACCCCGGAGUUCCUCGCGGCUCCGGUUCCGGUUGGGAUUCCCGGGGGAAAGGCCGGCCCGGAAUCCGCUGCUCGCCAGCGUGUCCGGGGCGGUGAUCCUCCAUCGGAGGGACCGAUGCGGCAGCCCGUGUUCGCCCUCGCGGGCCGGCACACGAUCCUGCCGCGGACCGUCCUCUGA